AUGAAGGUAGUUUCUUGGAACGUGAAUGGCCUGCGCAAGUUUCGUCCUCUAGGGGAUAUGUUUAAACAGCUGAAUGCAGACAUUCUGUGCUUUCAAGAGACGCGCGUGUCUGGGGAAUGGGACGACAGCCUUGAAAGUCUCGCCUUCGUAGCCGGAUAUGAUUCGUUUUUCAGUAUUUGCAAGGAAAAGCGAGGCUAUAGCGGCGUGGCGACGUUUUGUCGAAGAGGAGUUGCCACACCAUGGAAUGCUGGUGAAGGCCUUCGUAGCAAAGUUGGAGGAGCUUCCAUAUCAUUUAACGAAGCCGGUGCUUGUGGUAGCUGCAAGUUCGAAGUCUGUCCAUGUGAAGGAAAAGGUUGCUCCGAAGAAAGCAUGUCUCUCAUUGAAGACGAAGGUCGUUGCGUGAUUACCGACCAUGGUUUAUUCGUCCUCGUCAAUGUCUACAUACCAGCUGUCAGCGUGGAGGGGCGGUCUGCAUUCAAGAUGCAGUUUUUGCACGCCCUCCUUGCGAAAAUCGAAGCUCUACGAGCGAAGUCGCGGAAUGUGAUGGUCGCUGGAGACUUUAACAUCUGCCCAUCGAUUUCGGACUGCGCUGAACGAAUCCCGCAGUCUCUGCACAUGGAGUGGGCCAUGCGGCCUUCGCGUUGUUGGUUCCGCAACCUGUUGUCUUCGACAGGCUCAGAUUUUGUUGACUCUUUUAAAGAAAAGCAUCCGUUUAAGAUGAAUGCGUAUACAUGCUGGUCUGAAAUGACUCGCGCUAGAGAAAACAAUCAUGGCGUCAGGAUAGAUUUGAUUGUCAUGAAUCGCAGUUUGUUCACGCGAGCUGUCCGCGAGGCCGACAUCGAGGCAGGUGUGAUGGGCUCUGACCAUUGCCCGGUGACUGUUUCCCUGAGUGACACAGAAUUUUCCGGUCAAGUGCCGAAACAGCCGCCGCCUUUCUGCACAAAGUACAUGAAGCGGUUCUCGGUCAGGCAACAGACUUUGACGAAUCUUUUCCUUAACAAAUCGCAACGUUAUGCAAACAAGGAUGCAACUACCACGGAAAGCAUCCGACCUACUACGCAAAAUCCCCUGGUACCACAGAGCAACGCUUCCAAAUCGCCCCUAGGUGUUGCAUCAAAGCGACAGAUUCGAAAAGGAAAAGAAAAACCAAAGAACCACACCAAUCUGGGGCUUUUGUCCUCCCCACGGUUUAGCGACAGCGCAUCGAAGAAGCAUGAUACUCUACCUCCGGGAUCAUCGAAACAAUCAAGCGUGAAGUCUGACGAAAAUCUAUGGAGCAGCACUCAAAAAGCGGACUCUGACCGCAAAAAAGAGACCGCACUAGCUUGGCGCAAGUUGCUGAAAGGUCCGCCACCCCCGCCUUUGUGCAGACAUGGAGAGCGAUGCGUGCUGAAUACAGUUUUAAAGCCAGGGGAAAACAAGGGAAAGACAUUCUUUUCAUGUCCAUAUCCGGCCGGGGAGGGUUUAAACGCGAACUGCAAGUUUUUUAAAUGGGCUCCCUUCAAAGCGGGCAACGGAGUGUUGCCGUAUUGA